UUUUGCAGAAAUCUUUUGGAUCGAGACACUUUCUCCAAAUCUGACCCAUUGGUGGUGUUGUAUACUCAGGGUGUGGAAUCCAAACAGUGGAGAGAGUUUGGGAGAACAGAGGUGAUAGACAACUCGCUAAACCCAGACUUUGUCAGAAAGUACAUCUUGGACUACUUCUUUGAAGAGAAGCAGAACCUGCGCUUUGACGUGUAUGAUAUUGAUUCUAAAAGUCCAGAUCUGGGAAAGCAUCCAACCGACUUUAACGACUUCCUGGGGCAGGUCUACUGCACGCUUGGAGAGAUUGUCGGCUCACCUGCCAGCCGCCUGGAGAAACCUCUGGGUGGUAUACCUGGGAAGAAAUGUGGGACCAUUAUCUUGUCUGCUGAGGAGCUGGGCAACUGUAGAGAUUUUGCCACCAUGCAGUUCUGCGCCAACAAACUGGACAAGAAGGACUUCUUUGGAAAGUCUGACCCAUUCAUGGUCUUCUACAGGAGCAAUGAGGACGGCACGUUCACCAUUUGCCACAAGACUGAAGUAGUGAAGAGCACAUUGAACCCUGUGUGGCAGUCCUUCUCCAUCCCUGUGAGAGCGCUCUGCAAUGGAGACUAUGAUAGGUAAGACAUUGGAA